AGUCCUUUUACUUGGGCGCGACAUUAAGGCGUAAAGCGACAGCCAUCUCCGACCAAGGGACGCGAACUAUGGGUCUGUUCUCCGAGCUGAAGAUGGCUGUGCCCUGGGGCCACAUCGCUGCCAAAGCCUGGGGUUCCCAGCGGGGCUCCCCAGUUCUCUGCCUGCACGGCUGGCUGGACAAUGCCAACUCCUUCGACAGACUCAUCCCUCUUCUCCCGAAACACUUUUAUUACGUUGCCAUGGAUUUCGGGGGUCAUGGGCUCUCAUCCCAUUACAGCCCGGGUCUGCCGUAUUACCACCAAAACUUUGUGGGUGAGAUCCGCAGAGUCGCAGCAGCCUUGAAAUGGGACCGUUUUGCCAUCUUGGGCCACAGUUUUGGUGGCAUUGUGGGUGGAAUGUUUGCCUGUAUCUUCCCGGAGAUGGUGGAUAAACUUGUCUUGCUGGACUCAGUCCCUUUUGUCCUGGACUCUAAUGAGAGGGAGAACCUGCUGACCUACAGGCGGAAACUGAUCGAGCACACGCUGCAGGUGGAGCAAGACUCCAAGCAGCCCUCGCGCGGGCUCAGCCGGGAGGAGAUGCUACAGAGGUUCCUGAAGAACAACAGCCACGUGGGUGAGGAGUGUGGGGAGCUCCUCCUGCAGAGAGGAGCCACGCAGGUGGCCACAGGGCUGGUGCUGAACAGAGACCGGAGGAUCGCCCGGCCAGAGCACAGCUUCGAAUUCAUCAGCAGAGAGCUGUGUGUAUGCUCCAUCAAGAAGCUGCAGGCCUCCAUCCUGCUAAUCAAAGCAAUCGAAGGAUAUCAUGAUGUGAGGAGAGAGAAUGAUGCUGACAAGGGGCCCAUGCUUUUCAUUAUUGACCAGUUGAAAUCUGUCCUAAAUGAGCGGUUCCAGUUUGUGGAGGUCCCAGGCAAUCACUACGUCCACUUGAACCAACCCAACCACGUGGCCAGUGUCAUCAGCUCCUUCUUACAGAGCAGGGACAAGAUCCCAGCCUCACCGUAGCCCUGGGCCUGGGGCUACUGAGAGCUUGUGCUCUCUGCUCACCUCCGAUGCCAGCUCCCAGAGCCCCGCCAGGCCAGGAGCAGGGGACAGCAUGAGGUGGCAGAGUGGAAGGGUGGCGGUGAGAUUUUUGUCUCCAACAUAUGUGACUUCACAGAGGAGACCAUGUCUGAUGAAAGGGCUGGGACAGGCCUAGCCCUGACCGCAGCGAUCUCCUGCUGCCCGAGUGGA